AGGCGUCGCGCUUGCGCUCAGGCGGGGCGGCAAGGCGGCUUCGGAGGCUAAAGGUCCUUCGCGCGGAUCGCGGCAGCAGUCGUGGCGGUGGGAGCUCUGCUUCGGCGUCGAGAUGCCGGCCGUGUCGAAGGGGGAUGGGAUGCGCGGCCUGGCCGUCUUCAUCUCGGACAUCAGGAACUGUAAAAGCAAAGAAGCUGAGAUUAAAAGAAUAAACAAAGAACUGGCAAAUAUUCGAUCCAAAUUUAAAGGUGAUAAAGCCCUUGAUGGUUACAGUAAGAAAAAGUACGUCUGCAAGCUGCUUUUCAUUUUUCUCUUGGGGCAUGAUAUUGAUUUCGGCCACAUGGAGGCUGUGAAUCUCCUGAGUUCAAACAAAUAUACAGAGAAACAAAUUGGUUAUUUAUUUAUCUCCGUACUUGUGAAUUCAAACAGUGAGUUGAUACGCCUGAUAAACAAUGCAAUCAAGAAUGAUUUAGCCAGCCGGAACCCCACUUUCAUGGGACUAGCUUUGCACUGCAUUGCCAAUGUGGGUAGCAGAGAGAUGGCCGAAGCAUUUGCUGGAGAAAUUCCAAAAAUACUGGUAGCUGGAGACACCAUGGAUAGUGUGAAGCAAAGUGCAGCCCUAUGCUUGCUACGAUUAUACAGAACGUCUCCCGAUCUAGUGCCAAUGGGAGACUGGACAUCAAGAGUUGUGCACCUUCUCAAUGACCAGCAUCUGGGUGUGGUUACAGCUGCUACCAGUUUGAUCACUACUCUGGCACAGAAGAAUCCAGAUGAAUUUAAAACCUCAAUAUCUUUGGCUGUUUCCAGGCUCAGUAGGAUUGUGACCUCAGCAUCCACUGAUCUCCAAGAUUAUACUUACUACUUUGUCCCUGCUCCAUGGUUGUCUGUGAAACUUCUGAGAUUGUUGCAGUGCUAUCCUCCACCAGAAGACCCUUCUGUACGAGGUCGUCUCACAGAGUGUCUGGAAACUAUUCUUAACAAAGCUCAAGAACCUCCAAAAUCGAAGAAAGUACAGCAUUCAAAUGCAAAGAAUGCUGUACUGUUUGAGGCAAUUAGUUUAAUUAUCCACCAUGACAGUGAGCCAAACCUGCUUGUUCGUGCCUGUAAUCAGCUAGGCCAAUUUUUGCAGCACCGGGAAACUAAUCUUCGUUACUUAGCAUUGGAAAGCAUGUGCACGCUUGCCAGCUCUGAAUUUUCACACGAGGCUGUGAAAACACACAUAGAAACAGUUAUCAAUGCAUUGAAGACAGAAAGAGAUGUCAGUGUACGACAGAGAGCGGUGGAUCUCCUGUAUGCCAUGUGUGACCGAAGCAACGCCCAGCAAAUUGUAGCUGAAAUGCUGAAUUAUCUGGAAACAGCGGAUUAUUCUAUUAGAGAAGAAAUUGUACUCAAAGUUGCAAUUCUAGCUGAGAAGUAUGCAGUAGACUACACCUGGUAUGUGGAUACCAUACUGAAUUUGAUUCGAAUUGCCGGGGACUAUGUCAGUGAAGAAGUGUGGUACAGAGUAAUUCAAAUAGUAAUUAAUAGAGAUGAUGUGCAAGGAUAUGCUGCAAAGACAGUGUUUGAGGCUCUCCAAGCACCAGCAUGCCAUGAAAACUUGGUCAAAGUGGGUGGCUACAUCUUGGGAGAAUUUGGAAACUUGAUUGCUGGGGAUCCAAGAUCCAGUCCUCUCAUUCAGUUCAACCUGUUACACUCAAAGUUCCAUCUGUGCAGUGUCCCAACUAGAGCACUGCUUCUGUCUACUUACAUCAAGUUUGUAAAUUUAUUUCCUGAGAUAAAAACUACUGUUCAAGAUGUAUUACGCAGUGACAGCCAGCUAAAGAACGCUGAUGUUGAGCUGCAGCAGAGAGCUGUUGAGUACUUGAGGCUCAGUACAAUUGCUAGUACUGAUAUUUUGGCAACAGUGCUAGAAGAAAUGCCUCCAUUUCCAGAGAGGGAGUCCUCCAUUCUAGCCAAGCUGAAGAAGAAGAAGGGUCCCAAUACAGUUACCGAUUUAGAAGAGACCAAAAAGGAAAGAAACUCUGAUAUCAAUGGUAGCACUGAUGCCACUCUUGUAAAUGCAAGUUCAGCGUCUACUCCAUCUCCUUCAGCAGACCUUUUAGGUCUUGGUGCAGCUGCAGUCACAAAUUCUGUUCCUGCUACGUCGAGUGGUAGCUUGUUGGUGGAUGUGUUUUCAGACAAUUCUGCGGCUCCUCCAUCACUUGCUCCUGGUUCUGAAGACAACUUUGCAAGGUUUGUUUGCAAAAACAAUGGAGUCUUGUUUGAGAAUCAGUUGCUACAGAUUGGUUUGAAAUCUGAAUUUCGACAGAACUUGGGUCGGAUGUUCAUAUUUUAUGGCAAUAAAACUUCAACACCAUUUUUAAAUUUUAUUCCAACAUUAAUCUGUUCAGAUGAUCUUCAGUCAAGCCUGAAUCUGCAGACUAAACCUGUUGAUCCCACUGUGGAGGGGGGUGCUCAAGUGCAGCAGAUUGUAAAUAUUGAGUGUGUAUCAGACUUCAUGGAAGCGCCAGCCCUAAACAUUCAGUUCAGAUAUGGAGGAACUUUACAAAACAUCUCCGUGAAGCUACCUAUCACACUGAACAAAUUUUUCCAGCCUACAGAAAUGGCUGCUCAUGACUUCUUCCAGAGAUGGAAACAACUGAGCAACCCUCAACAAGAAGUACAGAAUAUCUUUAAAGCAAACCAUCCAAUGGAUACUGAAAUUACAAAGGCAAAAAUCAUUGGCUUUGGCACAGCUCUGCUAGAAGAAGUGGAUCCUAACCCUGCUAACUUUGUAGGUGCUGGUAUAAUACACACAAAAUCAAUACAGAUUGGGUGUUUGAUGCGUCUUGAACCCAAUCUUCAGGCAGAGAUGUAUCGACUAACACUACGAACAAGUAAAGAAACAGUCUCACGGAGAUUAUGUGAAUUGUUGUCAGAACAAUUCUGAAUCUUAACUGAAGACCAGCUUUGAUUUUUCAUUUUUGCCUGUAUUCUUGUCUUGCUCCAGAAAUGUCAUGUGCACUGGUGUCCGCAUAAAUAACUGCCAUCACAUUCACAUUCCUGCCUUAAAGGACCUGUCCCUCUUGUGUGAAUAAAAGAUAUGUGUAAUGUAAAGUUA